AUGGUGGAGGUAACAAGAAUUAUAGAGCUGCUUCAGGUUUUUGAGAAAGCUUCUGGACAACAGAUAAAUUAUAGCAAAUCAUCUGCAUUUUUUAGUACCAAUUCAGCAAAUGGUAUUAGAAGGCAGAUUUGUGAUUUUAUGGGGAUUAAAGAAGCUGACACUAAUAGUCAUUACUUGGGGUUGCCAAGUAUGAUGGGAAGAAAUAAGAAUGUUGUUUUGGGAUAUUUAAAGGAGCGCAUUGAGAAAAGAAUUCAUAGCUGGGAUAGUAAAUUAUUAUCAAAGGCUGGUAAAGAGAUUUUAAUCAAGUCAGUGGUGCAAUCUUUACCAAGCUAUGCUAUGAAUGUUUUUUUAUUGACAAAGGAGCUGUGUCAAGCGAUUGAGAGGAAGAUUUCACAAUUCUGGUGGAGUUCAAAGUCGACAAGAACAAACGGAAUUUCGUGGAAAAGUUGGGCGAAUCUUAGUAAACAUAAGAAUAAUGGAGGUAUGGGAUUCAAAAAUUUGAGAGAUUUUAACUUGUCUCUUCUAGGAAAACAGGGGUUUCGGCUUUUAACUAAUGAGAAGAGUUUGGUUGCUCAGAUUUUUAAAGCACGUUAUUACUCAGCGGGGAAUUAUUUGACAGCAGAAUUGGGACCAAAUCCCAGUUUCAUAUGGCGUAGUGUGUUUGAAGCAAAAGAAGUGGUGAGUCAGGGAGUUCGAAGAUGUAUUGGUACAGGAUUGGAGACAAGCAUUUUGCGAGUACCGUGGCUGCCUGAUGAACAUAAUGGCUGUAUAGAGUCAACACAACCAGCCUUAGAGGGAAGUUUGGUGAGAUCGUUAAUGGAAUUAGGUGGUGGAGGUUGGGAUGAUGAUAUCUUACAAGAUUUGUUUACCGAGAGGGACAAGGAACUCAUAUAUCAAAUACCUUUGGGAAGUAAUGAUAAUCAUGAUUCAUGGUAUUGGCUCUAUGAGAAGAAUGGAGUAUACUCUGUUAAAUCGGCCUAUAAAAUGCUGCAGAAAAAUAAAGGUAGUUGGAGCCCAAGUGCAAAUUCUGGUUUUUGGAGAGGUAUUUGGCAACUAAAAGUACCACCAAAAGUCAAGAAUAUGAAUUGUUGGCGUUUGUUGUUUGGGGCAGCUAGAGCAAGUGCAGAAAUGACAUUUUCGGCUUGGUGGCAGCAGGCAGUUCAGACAGGGGAUAGAGAGGAGAUGGAAUUGGGGGCGGUACUGUGUUGGGUUUUAUGGAAGAUACGAAAUGAGCUCGUUUGGAACAAGAUAAAUCUGGUUGUUAAUAAGGUGGUCUUUUUAACAAAACUUACUCUUAAUCAAUAUAGAUCUGCUCAGGAAAGGCUACAAAGAUCCUCUAGCAAUCAACAUGAUGACGAAGAGGUUCUAGAGCAAUGGACGAAACCGCAAAUUGGCAUGAUUAAGGUUAAUGUUGAUGGAGCCCUCUUUGACAAUGAGGGAUAUUUUGGAUUUGGUAUGGUAGCUCGUGGUAGUGAAGGGGGGUUUAUUGAAGCUUUCCAAUCUAGUUCCAAAGGAAGAGUUAUACCUAAUAUGGUGGAGGCCUUAGGGAUCAAGGAGGCUUUAAGUUGGAUAAAAAGAAAAGGUUGGUCCAAGGUAAUAUUGGAAUCGGAUUGCUUGAAUGUGGUUAAUGCAAUAAAGAGUACAUCUUGUAUGGUGUCUCCAUAUGGGUUACUUAUUCAAGAAUGUAAGCAGUUAUUAUCUAAGUUGAAUGAUGUUUGUGUUAUGUUUGUAAAGCGAUCAGCAAACAAAGUUGCUCAUAAUCUUGCUAGAGCAGCUUGUUUUAAAACUGGUUGUACUAUUAGUAGGAGUGAUGUUCCUACUGAUUGUUUGUCCUUGUUAUUGAAGGAUAUCGUUUAA